AUGCCGACGUCCCGGCCAGGUUCGGAGCCGGUGGAGUUCUGGGUGGACGGGUCGAGGCGGGACGGGUCGGUGGAGGAGUUCUACACCCUGAGCUCCGAGCUUGGCAGAGGAGCCACAUCCAUCGUUUAUCGCUGCGAGGAGAAGCAGACCCAGAAACCCUACGCCCUCAAAGUCCUCAAGAAAACGAUCGACAAAAAAAUAGUUCGCACUGAAAUCGGCGUCCUGCUGCGUCUUUCCCACCCAAACAUCAUCCAGCUGAAGGAGAUCUUUGAGACGGACACUGACAUCGCUCUGGUGCUGGAGCUGGUGACCGGAGGAGAGCUGUUUGACAGGAUCGUGGAGCGCGGUUACUACAGCGAGAGAGACGCCGCUCACGUCAUCAAACAGAUCCUGGAGGCCGUGGCGUACCUACACGAGAACGGUGUUGUGCAUCGUGACCUCAAACCGGAGAACCUGCUGUACGCCGACCUGUCGCUGGACGCUCCGCUGAAGAUCGCUGACUUUGGUCUGUCCAAAAUCAUCGAUGACCAGGUGACCAUGAAGACCGUCUGUGGUACACCGGGGUACUGUGCUCCAGAGAUCCUGCGAGGAAAUGCCUACGGCCCUGAGGUGGACAUGUGGUCAGUGGGCGUGAUCCUCUACAUCCUGCUCUGCGGCUUCGAGCCCUUCUUUGACCCGAGGGGGGAUCAGUACAUGUACAGCCGCAUCCUCAACUGCGACUACGAGUUUGUGUCUCCGUGGUGGGACGAGGUGUCCCUCAAUGCCAAGGAUCUGGUCAGUAAGCUGAUUGUCCUCGACCCUCAUAAGCGCCUCAGCGUCCGGGAGGCCCUGCAGCACCCCUGGGUGCUCGGCAAAGCCGCCCGCUUCUCCCACAUGGACACCACCCAGAGGAAACUACAGGAGUUCAACGCUCGGCGCAAACUGAAGGCUGCCAUGAAGGCUGUCGUGGCCACCAGUCGUAUGCACGAGGGCUCGCGCCGUCGUACCGACAGCUGUGAGAUUCCGGGCUCGGGGGCUUCCAGGCAGAGCAGCAUGCAGCAGGACCCGGCCCCUGAGUCAACAAGCCCCGCCCCUGCUGACAAAGAGUCCCCGUCCCCGGAUCAGCAGCCGCCGCAGGAGCAGGAAUCAAAGUCCACCGGUCAAAGUGCCCUCAGCCCCUCUCCUCCGCGCAGCCCCAAACCGCCCAGCUCUGCACCCACCAGACCACCCCUCCGUGUCGACGGGCUUCGACAAGCGUCCAUCGUCCCCAAAACUGUGCCGGUCCAACCCCGACUACCGCAGAAGAGCUGCUCUGUGGUAGAGCCCGCCUCCAGAGUCGAGGCCACGCCCACACCUGCCACACCUCUGAGUCCCAAUACCCUCAGCAACGGCUUCACGACGGGGGCGGGUCAGCCAGUAAGAGCACCCACUGCCAGUGAUCACUAGACCACCAGAGCGGAGACGCUUCACUCUGCAUCGACCACAAAAAUCACAUGAUGAUGUGAAGGUUCGGCCUUCCAUUAACUCUUUACAAACACUUCAAAUCGAUUAUCGGGACCAAAUUACACCAGAACCCAGAGUGUCUGUAACAUCCAGAGCUGACGUUUAACACGUUCAACAACAUCUUCCUAUUCGCUCUGCUGUUAUGCUAACAUGCUAACAACUAAGUACUGACGGAGGGUUUGCUGGUGUUUGUGCAGCCUGGACAGUUGUUCUGCUUUUACUGAACUCCUGGUUUUCAGUCGGAGGCUGGAGAUGAUUCAGGAGACCAAAAACAGACGCGUUUGUCCCACAUCAGGACUUACAAGUGAUUAAAUCUCUGCUCCUGUUGCUGUGGUAAGAAAAAGCUGAGAAGCCGUCGAGGUCUUUCUAUGAAGAGAAAGUAAUGCUUCUCAUUUAGCUCACCAUCAUUUGACCUUCUGUCUUUAUUCAGAUACAUUUUUUAAAAGUUGUCGUGUGCAGGUUGGUCAAGAGAAGAAUUAGCAAAAUGCUAGUUUUCUAGCUAGUUCCCUAGUUUUUGUAGAGUUUCUUUCUAUCACGUGAGAUCAAUGAUUAGACUGGACUCUCUGUCCAGUGGAUCAGCCAUGUGCCUUAUGGCAUGAACAGUAAUAAAGAUAAACAUUCAUGAUGCUAUCAGUCCUCAUCAUGUAGUCUAACGAGUAGUUUACACAGAGCUGACCGGACCUGAAGCUGCAUAGACACAACGUGAAUCCCAUCAGCAGUCCUUUAUAUUUUUUAAUUAUUUGAUAAUGAAUGAGUUUAAAGCUCUGACAAUUAGCCCCAGCGCUAGCACAGUCUGGACUGGGCUUGUUAGCAGUUAGCUCACCUGCUAUAGUUGUUCACCAACGAGCCCUGAAUAAUUUCUCAUCAAGACGUUGUUUUGAAGAUGCAUUGAUGAGUUUUGUUUCUGUUAGCAGGACUUUAUUCCUGUGGUCUGUUGGUUUGAUCCUGGCUGCAGGACCAAAGAGCAGUGCUGUGUGUUCAACACAUAGAAAUUAACAUGCUAAUGAAGCAUUGAAUUGUGGCAUUGAUCCGUAUCUAGAUAAAUUAUCUGGAUGAUGACAUCCAAUCACAGACCUAGUAUUAAAAGAUAAUUCCAGCAUUUUUCAGCCGCUGUCUUAUUCUCAUAAUUGUUCAUUCUAAGCCCGUCCUGACAUUCUGAUAGUUUAGCCCCCAUUAAUUUCAGCUGGGAGACGUUUGUGAAUUUACUACGUUUCAAAGGCUCUCUCAGCUUAUUCAGUCGAGUAAAUAAACAAACUAAAGUCUCAAAAUGUAAAGAAAGGAAGUAUUCUUACACCUGUGUCCUCAUCAAACAGAAAAAUACAACCACACACCUUCUCAAUUCAAGUUUCUCUCUUUUACUCAACCGUUUUCCUUGUCGGCAAACUGGCUUCCUUCGGUCCAGAUCUGGCUGGGUUCACUGGGAGGCUGCUGAGUCUGGUUCUGGUUCCCCCGGUGUAAAUGCCAACAGUCCUCCGCUGCUCCGAGCUCUCGGUCAGAAAAGACUCCAGGCAGCUAACAGGGCUAACUGAGCUAACUAGCUAACAGCAGUUACUAGCUACAGCCAAAUAUAGCUACAACAAAGAUUACAGUGAGCAGCAGUUAGAGGUGACUCUGGUGAUCUGCUGCCCCCUGUCUGUUUGGAGCCACCUUCUCACACGUUGUACCUUUAAGUCCUGAUCUGGGACAAACAGACUUGUGUCUCCUCCCCCGCUUCUUCUUCUCCUGGUGCAGAAAGUGGACUUUUUCUCAGAUGCUCAGGAUGAAGCUGAUUGAUUGUAUUUUGUUCAUCUUUGGUAACAUGGUGCACAUCUGUGUGAAGGACGGGGACAGAGAGCAGUUUCAUCUCUGGUUGUUCUGCUUCCUCUUCUUCUUCAGCGGGAAUGUGCUGCUUCAGAUGCUUCAGACUUUCACAGUGAAACUCAGAGGAGAAGCAGGAGGUUUCUGGUUCAGUUUGAGAGACAAUCUGCUUUGGGUUUUUUUAUCCUUUCUACUCUUUCCUGUUGACUCCUGCUGCCUUUAUCACGCAGCUGUAUGAGUAGGUAGAUCCAGUCUGUAGUGUUCAGGUAAGUGGUGUGUUCGUGAGCUUCUAGUAAAACGUUGUGUUGUUUACACUUAAUCAACAGUGAUGAUGAUGAUCUCCUGUUUGCACUGUACAGUUUUUGGUUUUUGAAAGAUUAUUACCGACAUCUUUGCCACUCCACUUGAUCAGAAACACAGUCAGUGUUCAGACCCCCCCCAGAAUUCUAAAUUUGACCCUUGGCCUUGAAAAUCAAACCCUCUCAUCUGAUCUGAAACCACACAUUCUACCUCUUUUUGUACAGGGGCUUCCAAAAUGCUAAAAAUGAGCAGAUGUCUCUGGAAAGAAAUAAUAACAAACCCAGCAGGUGAUGCUACUCUAAGAUAUCCACACAAAUCUACGGAGGCUAAGACAGUCCAAAAAGGACCGCAGUUUGAGAAAACAGAUGCGAGCGUGCAGUAGUCAACGGCUUCACUAGAGUUCAACCCCUUUCAGAGCGACACAGUGACGUGGGUCGGUGGUCUACCUGAAUGGGUCAGCACGUGGUAAAAAGUCGGUCAAAGUAGACAUCUCUUUUGGAGUAGCAUGCGGAUAAAUGUCAGACUGUGCAGUUUGGUUCCUCUUUAAAUAAUCUGAGUUCCGCAUGUCUUCUGUUGGACUGAUCUGUCCUAGCUGGACGCAGCAGCGUUUACCUGUCCGCAGGUGUUUCUAACUUGUUGCCAAAUGGAACACAGUGGAUAACCAGCCGCCAUGGUAAAAAGCAUGUACUCUGUAUAUUUAAUUUACAUCUAUAAUCUUAUGUAAAAACAUGAAUAUUUUGCUUGUAUCUAUCU